UCUGGAAAGACAGGAGACGUGGAACACCUCUGUAAUUGGGCCUAUACAGAAAAUAUCUCUACUUUGGACGGGGUAGUUGGCCCUAUUGACGGUCCUCUCGAGAUUGAACCAGCCAUGAUAAAUAUCAGGGAUGCUUUACUCAUCCAUCAUGUUGCAUGGACGCAACGUUCUAAAGAAUCUUCGAGCCCGACAAGACUUAUCUUAGUACACGUCCCAGAGGCUAAUGUUCACAAAUUUCUGCCCAGAAUACAGCUUUUCGGACAAGCAAUAGGCGUAAACAAGUCCAUCAAACAAGACAGCUAA